AGCAGAAUAGGGUGGAUAUUUCUUUCAAUUUUUUGUCGAGAUCGCUGAAACUUCAAUAAUUCUGGGUGGAGCAGCGACUUUGUGGUCUCACUAAUUACGAAACAUGACGGAGCUUGAGGUUCCAGAGGAGCAGAAGCAGCACGAGUUGCACGGACCAGAGAUUGUCCUCCUCUUCUUGUUCAUCUGUCUACUGAUCGGCUGUGCCUGCCGAUUCAUCUUGGAGGUGAUACACCGGAAGCUCAAGAUCAGAGUUCCUUACUCGGUCGUUCUAUUGGUGCUGGGAGGUAGCUGGGGGGCGCUGGCAUGGAAGAACCUCCAAGACAACGACGGAGAGACGAAGGAGCUCGCAACCAUAUCGUUGACGCUGUGGGCGAAUAUCGACCCGCAUCUCAUCCUCUUCGUCUUCCUCCCCGCCCUGAUUUACGAGUGUGCCAUGGGAACAAACUUCUACGUCUUCUCCAAUCACUUCGGGAGUGCCAUCAUCCUUGCAGGUCCGGGCAUGCUUGUCCAAACGUUCCUGAUCGCGAUAGUCGGGCGCUACAUGCUCCCCUACGAGUGGGGAUGGGCUGAGUCCAUGCUCUUCGGAGGUAUCCUGAGCGCCACGGACCCCGUCGCUGUCAUCGCUCUUCUCAAGGAGCUCGGAGUUCUCCCCGACCUGCGCGUGCUCAUCGAGGCUGAAUCUCUCCUCAACGACGGGACUGCCAUCGUCGUGUACGAGCUCUGCCUCAUGAUCCUUAUCGAGCCCAGCACCAUCGGCAAUUACGUCGCCACAGGGUUCCAGCUGGUGCUGGGGGCUCCUGCCUUGGGGCUCGCCAUGUUCCUUGGGAGCGUCUUCUGGCUGAACAACACCAAAGACCCGAUUCAGGACACCAUCGUCACCGUGUGCACGGCGUACCUUGGCUUCUACGUCGCAGAGAGCGGAGCUGGAGUUUCGGGAGUUCUGACGGUGGUUACGAUCGGCAUCAUGAUGGCAGGGUACGGGAACACAAGCAUCAACACCGAGGAGGCUGCGCACAUGCUUCAUGCCGUGUGGUCCAUCGUUGUCUUCUGCGCAGACACCACCAUCUUCGUGCUUGCUGGUGCGAUCAUCAUUGAGCGAGGCUUCAUCGCAAGAGAAGACGCCUUCUCCGGGUCGGACUGGGGCUACCUGAUCGCACUCUAUCUCUGCCUCCUCGCCAUCCGCGCCUUCAUGGUCGUGAUCUGCUCGCCCUACUUCCGAAACUAUGGGUACGGGCUGCAGAGCCGCACGUGCUCGUGGGAGAAGUUUGUGAAGAACAUGUUCAUCGUCACUUGGGGAGGACUGAGAGGUGAGAGCUUGUUCACAUGA